CAGUCAUGAUGUAGGUGUUUUGUUGGAUUUAAAUGGGGCUGUUGUGUAUUUUAUUUCUUUAUUUAACUAUACUAAAGUCUUAUAGUUUACAUAUCCGUUUCAUAAUGUAUGUGAAAUUGCUGUAAAAGAAGUUAGUGUCUCGUGGCCAAUCUUCUUCGUCUUCUUCUUCUUCUUUUAAAGGUUUACAAAAAGUCAUUUAUAUGCGCCAUAUAUGAAAAUGUAACUGUCCUCUUCCCUCAAUCACAAUGCUUCUGAUGACAAUAACAAGUGCCUUACAGCGGGAGAGAUCUAGACUGGAUCAAGCGACUAACAUGUUGAUGGCCAACAUAUGCACCAUGCAUUAGUUUGUCGUAAGUCAAAAUCCGUCCUGAUACUGGUGUUGAGGGAAAAUGUUUUAGCGGUACUCAUUUCGCGUAAAGGAAAAUAUUAUCUCCCCAAUAUUCCUGACGUCAUAUCCACAACACAAAAUGGUGGUGUUUCCCGCAUUGUUUGACAACUGAGGGUACAUCGUUAUUUUUGUUUACAUUUACAAAACUUUGGAUUAUACGUUGUUAUCAACCUUGGAGUAUUUCGCAAUGGAGUCUUCUUCAAGCACUGACAUGUCGCUAGAGAUGAUCAGGGUGGCAUCAUUUGGUCAAAACCCUCUAAAACCGGUGACCUCAAUUCAAGGAAUCACCGAUUUUACACCAAUUCCAUCUUCUUUGAAGCUUUCAAAAGCAGGAUUCUACCGGGAUCCAAGCUCGGAAGGGGAUGAAGUAAGAUGUUUUUCGUGUGGCCUUGUCAUGAAGGACUGGAGUGCGUAUUAUGGCGAGUCUCCGUUUUCUGUACACUUGUGUCGCAGUCCAGAAUGUCAGUACCUCAGCUGUCAAAGUAACGUCGUUUCAAGUGAUGAAGAUGAACCUAGUCCCUGUUUUACCAGAACCUUGACCCCGCAAUCGCCCGAGUUGUUCCUUACAGAGGCAGAAUCUACGAUCGUAAGACGUCAGUUGUUUCCAGAAGAUUAUUAUGUUCGCACAAAUGACAAUAGUUUGACAAAUUCUCAAGUUCAAUCAAGUAUCAAACUACCAUUUAAGCCAAAGUUUGGCAACAGCGAUAUGCUUUUUGAAAGCAAGCGACAUGCCACAUUUGCAGCUAAACCGUGUCUCAAAGCAAAAGAACUGGCGUCCAAUGGAUUUAUCAUGUUGACAGGGGAUAAAAUUGGAUGUGUAUUCUGUGGUAAACAAACCACCUGUCCUACAGCUGAGUGUACAACACCUGUGAAGGAUAUACAUAGGGCACUGAACCCAAACUGCUCAUUCUUCAGAGGAUUUGAUGUAAGCAAUGUGUCAUGUGUGUUGGAAGAGUCCAUAAAGAGAAACAUUGAGUGUAGUGACAGUAACAAUUCUAGUGACAGUGAGGAAGAUAUUAACAAUACAACAAGUUCAAGUGCGCCGUGCAUGUUCCACAAUCCCUAUUUUGAGGAUUUCACAGUUCGGAGGGAAACAUUCAAGGAUUGGCCUCCACAGAUGAAACCAACAGCACAGCAGCUUUCUGAAGCUGGUUUCUAUUACACAGGGACGUUUGACAAAGUAGCGUGCUUCACCUGUGGCUGCAGCCUCAGCAAGUGGCAGACAGAUGCUGAUGCACUGGUCCAACAUGCCAAGCACUCCCCCAGCUGUCUCUACCUGCGACAACUAUCGCAGUAUCAUGACAUCAAGCAGCUCGCCAUGGAGACACAGGAGAUGACAACCUGUGAAAUGCCAACUGAAGAUGGCCCUGUUAGCAAUGAGUCUCCAGUCAAACUGCCCUUCCCCUUCAAGCCGACAGUCGACCCGUCCAUACUCACCAACUGCCAGGCAGCCCUAGCAAGUCAGUUUGGCUUUCAAGUAGAUCUACAACUUAUUCGUGAAGCUAUCUGUGAAUUUUAUGCUAAAUUCAACAGCUACCCCAACUAUGACCUGCUGGUGGGAUGGAUGCUGACAACAAAGAAGGAGUUUCAGAUGGUGAGGGAGAUGAGGAGCAACAUCCACAGUCAGGAGGUGACCCUGGAGCACAAGGACCAGCAGAUACAUGAACACAGGCAGCAGAUACAUGAACACAGGCAGCAGAUACAUCACAAGGACCAGCAGAUACAUCAACAGGGGCAGCAGCUGGGGGAGUUAUCCAGUAAAGAUGAAGAAAUCCAUCAGCUUAAACUGAAACUUAGUUUACAAACCCAGCAGAAUUCUCAGAAGGACCAGCAGAUCUCUCAGAUCACUCAGCAAAACCAACAGAUCACUCAGCAACUAAACCAGAGGAACAGGUUAAUCAGCAACAAGAAUGAAAUACUCCAAGUACAGGGUGGAAGAAUCGACCAGCUGGAGGAGGAUAACAUCAGGAUGCAGAACCUGGUCAUGCAGCUCCGGCGGGAGCUGCAGGUGUCCACAUCCCGGCGAGGAUGAACCUCAGAUCCAGGGACACCUUCAUCUCUAGCUCCGGCGGGAGUUGCAGGUGUCCACAUCCCGGCGAGGAUGAACCUCAGAUCCAGGGACACCAUCAUCUGUAGCUAUGGCGGGUGUCCUUUUCCUGCAGUCUGAGAGUCAGAUCCAGAGAACAUUUUCACCUGUGUACAAACAACAUCAGUCAUGCGGCUACAGAAGGAGUUACAGGUGUCCAUCUCCCAACAAUGAUGAGCGUCAAAUCCAGAAGGAUAACGGACAGGUUAUCUGUAGUGUGAACUAAUAUCUUUUCGGACACGAAUAUUCAAUGUUUAUGUGAAAAACUUUUUUGAGGGUGUUUGCAUCUUAUUCAUACAGCUCAGUUCACAGGUGUUGGGUAAUCUUUGUCCUAUGAUCUAUUGACCUAAUUGAUGUUGAUAUGCAUAUAUAUUACUGCAAUCCUGGUGAAAAGAUAUUGUGGAUUAUCAGCUCAUGUAGUCACCUAAUUCAUCAUAUUUUUCUUAUGUUAUGAAAUGUAUAUCUUAGGUGAAUAUCCUUCUCUCAAACAUCAAUAUUCAACCAUAAGUAUGUCCAGAUGAAAUGGCUCUUCUAUUUAACUGAAUGCCAGAGUAAUUGUAAACUAACACACCGUCUCUUGCUCAGUGCGUAAUGGCAGCUACACAUAUACCAUCUGAGUCGUUUACCUAUCUAUAUCUCUGUCAUCAACCAUUGUUAAGGCACACAGUUGGUAAAGAACAUCAGACACAAAACCCAUUGGAAACUCAUCAAGUGGUUCACAGAGCAGGCUGCUGUGACAUCAUACAAUGGUAUACCAGUUGUGACCUCCUGCAUGUUUUACAUAUAUUUAAGACAUAUUAUGUACCAGUAUAAGCAUGUGUUUUUGUUUGUGUGGAAUAUAUUUGUUAGACUGGAAUAUAAACGGGAAAGAUCAAACAGGAAAUUCAGUUUGCUUUGGAAAGAAUGUCUCAAGAAAGGAAUAGUUUCCCAUACCUUCAUACUGUUGAGAACUUAUUUAGGGUGUUUAUGUUAGCAAUGUUUCCCAACAAUAGGAACUAUGCUUGUUAAGAAGUUGUCAAUUUAAUGUUUCUUAUUGUGACCAGAUUGUGCUUCUAGUUGUAGUUUAUUGAUGGUAGCACCACUUCUGAACAAAACCCACAUACUGCAGUGUGAACAGCUUACCUGGAAUAUAGUUGAAGUCUUGACAGCUGAAACAACCCAUUAACACCCACUGUUGACUUAAUUUGAUACUAUGAGUAUGGCACCUUGAGGUCAUGUUUUUUAUUAAAUGAUUUAAUAAGAGCACAUAUUAUAGAGUGGAAGAUAUGAAAUUAAUUUUGAAAAACUAAUGUUCACCAUAUUUAAUUUGAUUGCAUCACUAGUCAUUCCCUAUGAUGUGAAUUACAGCUCCUGGAUGUGAGAAGUGUCAUAUUUUCAUGUAUUGAAUCGUGUAUCAUUAUGACCUUACAAUUGAGGUACAUCACAGAAAGUUAACAAAUACCACUAAAGCACAGUUUUAUCCACUGCUGUUACCAAAACCAGACUAGUGUUCUUUCAAGUUGUAAUGUUUAGCUAAUAUAACAAGCCAGUGACAUUUUAUGGGCGCUUCAGCGUCUUUAGAAAUGUACCAACUGAAACAAUCAAUUGGUUGUUUAUACAUUCUGGUAAGUACUACUGAGCAGUUGUACAGACAUACAUUAUAUUCUUACUUUUGUUGUUGAAUAGAAGAUGAACUAAUAUGCAGAAUAAAUUGUACAUUUGUAAUAUAGUUCCUAAGGGGAGAUAACUAAGCUGUAUUAUAGACCUUUAUUUACUAUUUCAGGUCCAUGCUUUGUAUAGUUAAUAUAAACUUUCUGUAUAAUAAUUUUUUUAUAUUUCUUUUGAAUGCAUUUUUGUUAAGCUUUGAAAGAUUUUAUGAGCAGUAGAUAUCAAACAAUAAUAUAUAGAUCUACUUAGGCAUAUUCAAUAUGUAUUUAUGUUUUCCUGUAUGUUGUGUCCAGAUAUAGGGUAUUUCAUGAUUGAAUAGGGCAGAAAUUUAGGUUUUGGCGACCUACACAAUUCAUUGAAACUGAACCUUGUUGAGAUAUUAUGUAUAUAUUUAAAUGUUAUUGAUAAAAAGGUCAGUGUGUACAAUGUUGCGUUACUCAAAGCCUAUUCAUGUUAACAGCAAACUGUUAUAUUAUUUUGAACCAAUUUUAUCAUAGUGCUGACCAGAGACAUCAUUUCUUGUUAAAGAAUCUAGAUAUCUGAAUAGCCAUCACCAUCUUGUAUAAAUACAUACCUCUUAUGAACCCGUAAUGAUAAGUCUGUCACGUUUGUCACUAACAGGGUGAAUGGGAUUUUUAGCUGAAGAUUUGUUAGACCCUUCCAGUGACACAUGUACAUAUAUUUUAAUAGAACCAAUGUACAUAUGUUCAUCUAUCUUACUGACAUUAUCAUUACCUGUAUGUACAUAUGUGUAUACGUAGAGCAUCAGACAGUGCUAUCUAUCUUCAUGCUGAUCAGUGUUCAAUGUUGUCUCUUGUUAGUCGACCCUCCCACACACCAGGUCUGGGUACACACAUCAUCACUCUCUAGUUCAGGCAGAUGCUGUAUACUGCUGGGAUGUUGCUGACUACAUUGUAAAACUACAAAGAAUUUUAGUAUUUGAACCAUUCUUCUGUAACAGAUGAUUCAUCAUUCACAUAUUAACACAAGAUGAGGAUUUGAUAGUCAGUAUCAUUUUGGUUAAUUACUUAAAUCUAGAGUGAGUGAGUCAGUGAGUUGGGUUAAUUACUGCUAUGAACAGUAUUUUAGUUAUAUCCGGUAUUUUGAGGAAAAGCCCAACAUCCCAAAGUGAUGGAUGUUUACCACUCUUAUGAAACCUGCGCAACCUAUGCUGCUGACAAAGCGAAGUUCAUGAUCAGGGCAGAUCUGGAUUCAUGCCAUGACAUUUGCAUCCUUGCAUGUCUAGGAGAUGCAACUCUGUACAACUUGCAACACCUUCCACAACUGGGACACACUUAAAUCUGGAGAUUUCAUCCAUUCAGCUGAAAUAUUUUAGUGAUUGUCAUCAAUGUGAAACAGGUACACUUAUAUCUCCUUGUCACCUAUAGUAUACAGCCUGGUGGUGUUGUGGGGGGCCUCUACUGUCUGUCUUCCUUCCAUUCUUUACAUUAGGACACACUGGAGUGCUGUUGUGUUCCGACUGGUUCAUGUGGCCUGUUCCCUUUCAUCAAACACUACCACAUGUGUUCUGUGAUGGUUCAGUAUCUCACAACUAAGGCAGCAAUAAUCACCCAUUGUUAGUCCCUAUUGAUCCAUAUUGUCAAGGUUAACAUGAAUGUUCAUCGAGGGUACAAUGUAUUGAUCAUUUCGUUUCAUGGAAAAAGGCAGCAGUACAAAUAUUAUUUAUCGAGUUAAAGUAUGGAAUAUUAGAGUCCUCGGGUUUAUCAUAUGAGUAAUACCUACUAGAACAUUGCUAUCUUUUCACUCUGUCUCCCUCUUCUUUCAAGAGGUCAGCGUAUUUCUGGGGCUCCUCUUAGACAUCCUGUUUACACACAAGAAAUUCAAGUUCCAUCUUAAUGGUAACCUAUUACCUUUUACACUGAACGUUUUGAUAAUGUUGAGAGUAUUUGUAUUGAAUUUUAAAUGGGGAUUUUACAUUUUAAUGAAACCAUUUUGUAUACUUGAUGUUAUAUUUUUGUGUGACAUUUUUGUUAAUAUAUUUAACACAUUUUAACAAGAUUUAAGGUUUUUAAAACAAAUCAUCUGAAAUUAUUUUGAACAACAUCUUGUCAUGUUUUUAGAACAAUUCACCUUGAAUAUUGUGAAUUCUUUUUCUUCCAUUCUAUGAACUCUCUUUCUGUUUCUCUCUCAUCUACAUCUGUAGUUUGUAUAUAU